UGGCGAGCGGAGGAGGUGACGCCAUUGUGGGAGCUGCGGGCGGAGGAGCCAUGAACAGCCUGGAAGCCGACGACCCGUACCUGGUGGAGGAGCUGAGUGAAGAAGAGGAAGACCCGGCGUCGAGCUCCGAGGACGAAUUAGAUAUUCUACUCCAUGGCACGCCUGAACGCAAACGCAAAUUGAUCAAGGAAUAUUUAACAGGUGAAAGUGAAUCCAGCGAUGACGAAUUUGAGAAGGAGAUGGCAGCGGAGCUGGAUACCACCAUGAAGGUUAUUGAGGGGAGCUGGUCAUUCACACCUGAAGGUGCUUCCUCCAGUGCCGUGAGCUCUCAGCCGCGAGCUGCUCCCGAACAGCAAUACUACAACGAAGUGUACUUUGACUCGGACUCUGAGGGUGAAGAUGAACAGGAAGGAAGUGGUUCAAAGAAGAAAUGCAGCAAGCGGCAGAAGGUUUUGACAAAUGAUGAGCUUUUGUAUGACCCAGAUCAAGAUGAUCGUGACCAGGCCUGGGUUGACAUGCAGAGGAGAGGCUAUCGUGGACUUAAGCAACACAUGUCAGAAUCGCUGCCAAUCCCUGUCAGCGAUGCAGUUUUGAACUGCCCAGCAUGCAUGACAACUCUGUGUCUGGAUUGCCAACGGCACGACUUGUACAAGGAGCAGUACAGAGCUAUGUUUGUGAUGAAUUGCAUUAUCAACAGAGGAGAAAUUCUCAAGUACAAGAAUCCUACCAAUGGGAAAAGAAGGAACAGAUCCAAGAAAGUGAAAUAUCCAAGUGACAAAACUACAGGCAGCUCAGAGCAGCAUGGGGAGGAGACAUAUCAUCCAGUACGCUGUGCUGAGUGUUUAGUGGAAGUAGCUGUUUUUGACAAAGAUGAAGUGUAUCAUUUCUUUAAUGUUCUGGCUAGCCACUGUUAGUGUCCCAAUUUUUUUUUUUGUAAUGUUAAUUGUUGGUCCUAGUGGGAACCUAACCACCAGCGAUGAAGUAGUGUUGCUUAACUGGCCAGGCAGUACCAAAUGGUCCAAUACUGCAGAAUAGUCAUUUUGAGUCCCAAGUUGGUUUCGUGACACCACAGAAACAAGGUUGUAAUCAAAAUUAAGGGGCACCAGUGUAAACCUUAACUAAGAUAACAAUUAGGAUGGGAACACUGACAAUGUGUAGCUUUGGAAUGCUGAGAGGAAGACUGGAAAUUUCAAAAUUAAAACAAAUUAAUCUCCAUCAUUAAAUCUACAUUGAUUUCCUAAUGUACUCUGACACCUCAGAUGAACUUACAGGAGACAUCCUCUGCAACUGUGUACACAUCCAAACUAAAUUUGACCUUGCCUGUCUUCCCCUAGAGGAAAUUUGUCAUACGAGGUAGUAAUUGUUGAAAUUCACCAAAUUUCAUCGAUCUGUUCAAGACCAUGCAAGUCCUAUUCACUUGUUUCCUUACCUGCACAUGUCUGUUUAAUUUUUCCAUAUAUGCCAUAUCUGCACAGCAUAUACCAGCAUGCAUUAGGGAGAAUUCGUGGCCAUUUAAUCUACCAAUCCACAUGGCUGCGAGGGGAAAUAAUGUGCAAACUGUAUUCACACAACAUUGCAGAUCAGGACUGAACCAGUCACUAGAACAUCAGCAACAUAUGUACAGGUUGGUUACUCGGAUUUACCAUAAAUAGCCAAGAAUAAUCCUUUUCACAACCCUUCCACCAAUUCUAUGCAUUCCAUUUUUAAAAGUAUUGUAUGGCUGCAAAGCUGAUAUCUUCUCCCUAAACUAUGCUCAGGCAAAAUCUAUCUUUGACAAAGCACUCUGACCCAAUUAGGGGAGUAGGAUUAUUCAGUGGUAUUGUUUGAUAUGACCACAGGCUACUGAAAUAUUCAACAGUGAAUGUAAUCUCACAAGCAAAGGAAGAACUCUACUAUUGGAUGCCAAAUCGGCUCAUUUGAAAAAUCAGAUUACAUGACCAACCUUCACAGAACCCAUGAGUUACUAAAAUUCAAAAGAUGCACUGUAUAUUUCCACACAAGUACAGGUCUAUUAAAAUUAAAACAACUCAAUGAGUUUGUGAAGUCUUGUUGUUUCCACAUUAUUUGUUAAAUAAUAAAUCUGAUUUGCAAGGCAAA